GUUAACACAGAGAUACGCUCGGUUCUCUCGCGUAAACUCGGUCGUUCGCGAAUUGUUGUGACUCCGUGGGGUCCGUAAACACAACGUUCGUCGAUCCCCAAGACCAGUCGUUGUUUACCCGUCCUCCCGUAAGUAGUGUAACGAAACUUGCCUGUUGUGUCACGUGAAAUCGUCAACGAUAUUUUCGUUCUGUUUCGUUCGCGAUGCUACUCGGUUUUCAUAUCAACGUCGCGAGUGAAACACGUGAAUAAUAACAGCUGUCCAGUUAUCGUUGCGAGCCAUCACGAUUUCGAUGAUCUGCCUCGGAUCGUUUCCCGCCAGACGAAGGGAAGAGAGACGAACCACCAGCGUGAGAUCGAAUUUUGCGAGGGACAAGGGAAAAGGGACGAACGCACGAUUAUCAAAACGAUAUUGUAUCCGUUAUCAACGUGGAUCGAAUUAGAUUAGAAUCGACGACGGGCCAUCCGCAACAGGCCGGGCCAAAGUCGUGAACAUCAUGGAUUGGUGGCUGCGGGGAUGGAUUGUCUACAUCUACUUGUUACGGAUCGUCCUCAGGACAGCAGCUAAUAGCGGAUUUUUCGAUUCCAUGAUGGGAGAGAUGGUGGUCGAGGCUGGCAAGAACGUGACGCUGAAUUGUCCGGGAGUGACGGAGGAUUCGUUGAUAUUGAUGCUGGAAUGGCGGGCGGACGGUAUGCAAUUGUUGGAGUACGGCAGCAAUACGACCACCGUGUGGAAUCACCAGAACAGGGUGUCUUUGUCGUUGAAAAACUACGCGCUACAGUUUCAUCCUGUGACCGCGCAGGACAGCGCCGAGUACACUUGUUUGGUGAACAGCCGCAGCACACCGGAAGCCGUAAUCAAGCUGAUGGUUCAAGAUGUUCCUGAUCCACCGGAAAGGCCUCUCUUAACAAACCUUACAUCGAGGUCCGUGAAUUUAUCCUGGGCACCGAGCGCUAAUUCUCAUAACAAUCCGAUCUCGCACUACGUCAUCGAAACUCGGAUCAAAGAAGAGGGGCCUUGGAACGCAACAGAGGAAAUCGUAACGCCUAACAACGAUACAUACUACACGAUCGAGAAUCUGCGCCCGUUCACCGUCUACAGUUUCCGUGUGUCAGCAGUGAACGCGAUGGGACGAAGCAAACCCAGCAAGCAGUCCUACUACAUCUUCACUCUACGCGAACCGCCGAAAGGAAAGCCAAUAAUUACCAGCGCUUACAACACUUCAGCUUCAUCCAUUUAUUUGGCAUGGAAGGCGCCCAGUCCAGACACCAUUCAAGGCGAAUUUCUGGGUUAUCGAAUCCGUUAUAAGCCUCGAGUAAAACCACACAUGGAAGAAAAACACAUAUACAUACGUAAUCCGGCCGUUGAAAAUCACAAGAUACAUAAUUUAGAAACGUACACACAGUAUUUAGUCUCGCUGGAAGUAUUCAAUCCGGCUGGACAUGGUCCUGCGACGACAGUUUCUGUAAUGACCGACGAAGGAGUGCCAACGAAACCAUUGAAUCUCUCAUCUCAUGGCAUCACCUCCACCACCAUUGAACUAUCAUGGGCCGAGCCGGAGAGCGCCAAUGGAAUCAUUUCCGGUUAUCGUAUUUACUUCAUGCAUUCCAACUACACCGACGUUCAGAUGUAUAAAACCGGCGAAGACGAUGGGUCGAUCAUCGAAUUCGUUUUAAACGAACUAGAACCUUACACUGAAUACAAAAUAUGGGUGAAAGCGUACACCUGGAAAAACGAGGGUGAACCGUCUGAUCACAUAAUUCGCCGGACAGAUAUCGCAGGGCCCAGUCCUCCAUUGAUUUUAAACGUGACAUGUCCGACCCACGACUCGGUCUACAUCCAAUGGGCCAGGCCGAACAUCUUCUGGGGCUCUAUCGACUACUAUUUCAUCAAUUACCGAAUCGAAAGCGGAAAACGUUACGAGGAAAUCGAAGUGAUCGCAGAGAAAAAUCAUCUGGAGAGCGCUACGAUCAUACCGAACCUAACGAUGAACAGCGUGUACGAGAUCGUGGUACGUGGAGGCACGCGGAGCGCAAUCGACAAUCGACUGAUCAUACACGGAGAAGGUUCCAUUCCACGGAAAGUGCGGGUCGUUCAGGAUUGCGACAGGACACCACCGUUAUUACCACACAGCACCAGAGAGCUUAGCAGCGGCGUAAUCGCUGGGAUGAUCUGCGCCUGUGUGGCAGUGAUGCUGAUGAUCACGUCCUUCAUUUUAUGGAAGCCUUGCCUGAGGCCAAUUUUCAGGAAAUGCUUCCACACGGCGUACUACUUCCUCGACUAUCCGCCACGCAACGUGCCGACUCUUCAGGAAUGGGAGAACAGCGAACAGGAUGGAGAACGGACAGCGGUGGCUAUUCAAAAGUUCGUUCAACACGUCGCGAGUUUGCACGCUGACGGGGACAUCGGAUUCAGCAAGGAGUACGAGUUUAUCCAGUCGGAGAGUGGCAAAUUCACAGCGGAGAAUUCUCAAUACGUCGAGAACAAAACGAAGAAUCGAUAUAUGAACAUAUUGGCCUACGAUCAUACUCGAGUGCAGCUGUUAUCGUGUGGCGGAGGACCGCCGAAAAAGGGUCACGAUUACGUAAACGCGAAUUACAUCGAUGGUUGGCAACGUACACGGGCGUAUAUCGGUACACAGGGUCCAUUGCCGCCGACUUUCGACGGAUUCUGGCGCAUGGUUUGGGAGCAAAAGGUGUCAAUCGUCGUGAUGAUCACCAACCUAGUAGAACGUGGCCGUAAAAAGUGUGAUAUGUACUGGCCUAAGACAGGAUCUGAGACGUACGGCUAUAUUCAAGUGACUUUGUUAAGGGAGGAUGUUAUGGCAACAUACACCAUUCGCACCCUUCAAAUUCGCCACCUAAAGGUCAAGAAGCGUAAGAACGGAAUCAACAUGGGUGAACGUAUUAUUUGGCAGUAUCAUUACACCGGAUGGCCAGAUCAUGGAGUUCCUGAACAUCCUCUACCGGUUUUGAGCUUCAUUCGAAAAUCUUCCAACGCCAAUCCACCGGAUGCAGGACCCAUCGUUGUUCAUUGCAGCGCUGGUGUCGGACGCACUGGUACCUACAUCGUCAUCGAUGCCAUGUUGAAGCAGGCCAAGUGCAAAAACGAAGUGAAUGUGUUUGGAUUUUUGAAACACAUUCGCACGCAACGAAAUUUCUUGGUACAAACCGAAGAACAAUACGUGUUCAUUCAUCACGCCUUACAAGAGGCCAUCGAAAGCGGCGAAACCAAUAUCGAAGCGAACAACUUGCUGGAAUACGUACAAAACAUGCUAAAUCCUAACAACACCAAUACCGAUGCGUGGAACAAUCUUGAAGCACAAUACAAGUUGGUGACAUCGUGGAAACCGAAAGAGUUUAAUCUGGUGUCUGCGAUCAAGCCGUACAACAUCCAUAAGAAUCGCAAUCAAGACGUGAUUUCAAUCGAAACUGCUCGCGUUCACUUAACACCGAAGCCUGGAACCGAUGGAAGCGACUACAUCAACGCCACAUGGAUUGCUGGUUUCCAUUGCAAUCGUGAAUUCAUCAUCACCCAACACCCCAUGGAAAAUACCAUUAUGGAAUUCUGGCAGAUGAUGUGGGAUUACAACGCUCAGACCGUAGUUAUGUUAACAGAAUACAACGAAGAGUACCCUGAAUUUUGGCCCACCGAGGAUAAAGACUUGGAGUCGGAAACCUUCCGUGUACGAUUCUAUGGGAUCAAAGAAACCGCCAGCGGUAUGAUCCUGCGGGAAGUUGCGGUUCGAUCUCUACAAGACGAUUACGAAUUGAGGCCUCUAAUCGUCCAAAGACCGCGAUCUCAAUCCGGCUUCUGGCCGCACAACACCAAUCCCCGACCAUUUGUCACCCUCAUCCAUGAUUUGCAUCGAGAUUAUCAAAAUGGUCCUAUCGUGGUGGUGGACAGGUACGGUGGCGUCGAGGCAGCAAUUUUCGUCCUCCUUACAACGCUGAACAAGCAACUUGACUUCGAGAAGACUGCUGAUAUUUAUAUGUUCUCAAAGUUGCUAUACAUGAAGAGACCUGGAGUUUUUCGAUCAAAGGAGGAUUACGCGUUGCUGUACCAAUGUCUGGAGACCACGCUCUCGUCGAAAGGUCACGAUGAACCAGAUCUAUAUUCGAUGGCCAAUGGUCACGUGUCGACGAUAACAGAUCCAACCGAUGUACCGACUUCAUCGAUGCAACACAUGCAGGUGGAUUAUUCCCCGAAACCGACGAUGAUCAGGGAAUACGCGACCGUGGAGGUGAACUCCAUGUCUGAUUAUUCCAUUCCAAUCCGGGUGGAUCACACGAUGGAGCCAUGCAGUAGCAGAAGCAGCGAGAGCUGUUUGUUCAGUCACGCUGGGAACGAACACGAGAAGAAUAUCGUAAUGACCCAUCGUAACGUCAGCUAUCACAAUCAUCCGGGCAGCGUUUCUGUGAUCGUUGAUGCGAAUGGAUACGUAACGAACGGCAACAUGCGCGUGCCACCAGAAGGCCCAAGCGCAGGGAGUUCCAGAUUGGACACGUCUUCGCACAAACGGAAGGACGGCGACUCGAACCUAGGAUCAGCCUGAAAACGGCUCUCGAGCAUCUUUAGUGUAAAUAAUUAGUCGCGCAGACCUGUACGCGUACGCUCUUCUGAACAAGAGUACGCGUACAUAAGAUAGAGAAAAAAAAAAAAAAGUAAAAGAGAAACAGAGGUCCUGUUUCCGGUGUUGCUGGGUGCCAAAAAUCCAUUCGCAAACGCACGCCAUUUCCGGACCUUCGUUCACGCUGUUCAUUGUGUAAGUGUACACCUUCUUGUUUUUUGUAUAUACACGACAUUCACGCGCCUAUGUGCACACUUACAUAAAUCUUCGACACACCUACACGAAACCUCACAUACGACCAUACAUGUAGAUGUAUGUAUACAUAUAAUACGCGUUUUGUAUAAGUUGGAUCAUUUCUUUACCAAAGAAUCGUUUAUAUUCGUUCCCGGUUCGAUUUAAGUAUUUCUUACUUUCAUUUCUAUCGUUCAGACGAAGACCGGCCGAUCGAACUCGCGCUAUCAUCGAAUAAUAACGUGUCUUCUCUUCUUCUCUUCUCGCCGCUAAGAAUAUGCGAUGUCACAGGGAAUUGAGGCUAAUAAACUGUUUUCGUGUGAUCGAACGAACGAAAUGAUCAUCCAGAUCACGUGAAAUGAUUAUAAUCGUGCUGAACCAACGAUCGUAAUCGUAAUUGGUAACCGGAUACAAGUGUAAGGUUUAAUUAAGAACCGCAAGCUAUAUUAGAGAAUUUCCCGAAGAAUUUCGGCCCAACGAAUCGUGGCACAAAGUACAGCGACGACAAUCCGAAUCGUUCGAUAAUUCAUCAUUUUCCAAUCGCAACACCGCGUGCUCGAUGAUUCCGAUGGGCUCCGAUCGGUUCUUAUCAACAACGAUCGAACAGCUUCGGAACGACUCUGUUCGAAACCAUGUGAUCUAAUAGAAUUUUUAUUGUGAUAUAUAAGAACAGGAAAAAUGAAAAGAAAAGAAAAAAUAGAGCAUCGUCAUCGUUUCGUCUAAUCACGAGUUCCUUAGUCGCGCGAUCAUUUCUUUUAUCGACAUUCUCGAAGACUGCUCUCAUCUAAUAAGGUUCUUAUAUAUAUAUUAAAUCGCCGAUUAAGUGAUACGAAAACGAGAACUGCCGCGAUUUUGUCGAUCUACAUCGUCUUUUCUAUCGUAUACCUUCAACGAACGUCUUCGUUUUUAAUCUUUACUGCCAAUUACGAUCGACGAUUAACAAAGAAUAGGAAAUGUUGUUAAAAAAUCUGAAAAAUCUUAAAAAAAAUAUAUAUGUAUGUGUGCAUGUAUGUAACUGUGUCCUUGUUAAAAAUAAAAAAUGUGUGUAACUGUAAAUCGCGACGAGACGAUCUUAAUUCGUUAUCGGUUUUUAACUUCGAUGUCGAUGUAACAUAUUUAAAAUAAAAAGAGAAAUCGUGUUUC